AUGGACGCGAUCAAUGCGUCUCGACCCGACGUGCUCGGCAAACUGCCGCAGCUGCAAAACAUGGUCAAGCGCGACCCCGAGGGCUAUCGCGCCGAGUUCCGCAUGCAGCAGCGCCACUUCGAGUCCGAGUACCAGUUGUUCCUUCUCCAGCCGACGAAAGAGUCGGCGCACUUUGGCGCGCUCGUGAUCUUCUUGAGCCACGUCGCCAAGUGCUAUCCCGUGGACAUGGCCGCGUUCCCUCAGCAGCUCAUCUCUCUGCUGCGCGACCACUACCUCGUCCUCGAGCCCGACCUCCGCAAGACGCUCGUGCAGAGCCUCAUGCUGCUGCGCAAUCGCGGCCUCAUUGACGCGAUCACGCUGCUCAAGCUCUUUUUCGAGCUCUUCCGGUGCCCGGACAAGCGCCUGCGCGAGCUGCUGUACAAACACAUUGUCGCGGACCUGCGGCAGCUGAACGCCACGUCGCGCAAUGUCAAAGUGAACAAAGCGCUGCAGAACUUUCUCUUCGAGAUGCUCGAGGACGAGAGCGACCACGCAGCGAUCAAGUCGCUGCAGGUGCUCAUGGAGCUCUUCAAGCGCAAGAUCUGGCACGACCAGCGCAGUGUCAAUGUGAUUGCCACGGCGUGCACGAGUUCGAACACGAAGCUGCUUGUGAUGGCGCUGAGCUUUUUCCUGGGCAUUGACGACGACAUUCUCGAGGACGAAGAGCAGCAGAAGAAAGAGAAGAAGGCGCUCGUGCCGGUCGACUUCCACGCGCACUCGAAGAAGACGAAGAAGCGGCAGCGGGACACGUUGCAAGCGCUCUACAAGAACAAACGCGCUCGGAAACGCGACCUCACGUUCAUGACGACGUUCCCGGCCAUUGAGCUGCUCAACGAUCCACAGGGCGUUGUCGAGCGGCAGCUGAAGCUGCUCAAGCGCUGCACAGAGCGCUUCGAGGUCAAGUUACUGAUGAUGAACUUCAUCGGUCGGGUCGUGGGCUUCCACAAGCUCGUGCUGCUGCCGUUCUACCCGCUGCUCCAGCGCUACCUGCAGUCGCACCAGCAGAGCGUGACGGCCAUUUUGGCGUACCUGGUGCAGUCGUGUCACGACGAGAUUCCCCCCGAAGAGCUCCUGCCCAUUGUCAAGAGCAUUGCCCACAACUUUGUCACCGAGCGCUGUUCGUCCGAAGUGAUUGCCGUCGGGAUCAAUGCACUGCGAGAGCUCUUCCGCCGCAUUCCACUGCUGCUCGAGUGCGACGGCAUUGACGUGUUGGUAGCCGACUUGAUCCAGUACAACCGCGUGCGCGACAAGACGGUCGUCAUGGCCGCUCGGGGCGUUUUGAACCUCAUUCGCCAAGUCCAUCCGGCGCUGCUCAGGCGCAAAGACCGCGGCAAGUUCUACACAGAGGCCGCGAGACCCCAUCGCUUUGGCGAACUCGUUGCAAGCGAAGGCGUAGACGGCGCCGACCUGUUGGCCGAAGCGGAAGCUGCUGGACGCUUUGACAACGACGAGAACGGACGGGACGGGUGGGAAGUGGCGUCAUUGACGUCGGACGUCGAGGGAUCGGACGACGAAGAGUGGGUGGACGUUUCAUCCGAUGCCGGCGCUAACGAGGACGAAGAGGCGCACUCGGACCCGAUGGGCGCAGCAGCUGAAGUGGCAAAUGAGACCGUCGACGAGUGCAAUGAGGCGGAGACGACGGAGCAGUCGGACCGAUUGGAUGCGCGUCGUAUUUUGACCCCUCUGGACUUUGAGCGCAUUGAGAUGCUCAGGAAGGAACGGGACGCCGCGCUGCGGGACCCCAAGUCGCGGAGUAAGCGCAAAGCCGAAGGCGAUGCGGCGCAAGCGAGUUCCGAUGCGACGAAAGUGAACCCAACGGACCUCGAGGGGUACGCGAAGAAGAAGCGCUUGACGCAGGAGGAGCGGCUGCGCGUGGUGCUGGAAGGCCGAGAGGACUACAAGCACAAGCGCUCGGGCGGCGGCACGACCAACUCGGAGAAGAAGCGGCUCAAGCACUUUAUGAUGAUCAAGAAGAGCAAAUCGGUGCAGUCGAAGGUGCUCGUGUCGGCUCGGCAGGUGCAGGCACAGAAGAAUCGCGUUGUGAAGAAGAUCCUCAAGCACGACGCGAAGAAGCGGCGCAAGAUCUAG